AUGUUAGUUGGAUUAGCUUUAUGUGAUGAUAAAAAUGCAACAACUACGGAAGCUACCGCUACGAGUACUAUUGCACCAAAUGCCCAUGCUGAAGCCCAUAAAUCGACUUUCUUGGGAGACUUGGGUAAAGCAGUAAGCGAUAUCCCAGAGGCUUUCGUUGCUACAUGCCGAGAUGCACUAGCAAGUCUCGGCAAGAUGUUCGUUGAUGUGCCUUUGGGAUUAGUUGAAGCAUUUAAAGAUGGUGCUGAAGUGAUAGAAAGUGUGGUUCUGGCACUAGUACGCGGCAUUUUCAGC